AUGGCUUGCUGUUUAUCAACAGGAACGACAAUGGCGUUUUACAGAGGCAGUAAUUUUAGUGGCCCAUCAGCUUCACUUUCUCUCCUCACUGGUUCAAGAACAGGAGCCCUCGGAUUGAAAGCCAAGGCCGUAAAUUCUUCUGGGAUGCUUCUUCACUGCUCCUUCACUCAGGCUUCUUCUUGCCUUUCCCUCUCUUCCAGUUCUUCGUUUUCUGGGUCAUCAUUGAGUUUGGACUUGAAUUCGAGCAUGGGAGUAAGUGUUAACAAAAGGCGUGGCCUAGUAGUGAACGCUAAGAAAUAUGCUCUCUGUCAAACGAAGAGGAACAGGUCAAGGAAGUCACUUGCUCGGACACAUGGCUUCAGGAAGCGUAUGAGUACCACCAGUGGACGAGCAGUAAUCCAGCGCCGACGUGCCAAGGGACGAUGGGUCCUGUGCCCGAAAACCAACCAUAGCAGCGGAAAACGUGUUUGA